AUGCUGCUGGGGAAGACCAGCCAGGAAAACAGAAGCGUGGAAAACUUCAUCCUGAGAAGAGUCAUGUUUGAUGCUGAAGCUCCUCCUUGUUCACUAGAGCAGCACAGUGAGGGAGCCAGAGAAAAAAUGGAAGAAAGAGACAUCAUACUCAUCAACACAACUCACCUGUUUGAUACUGGACUCUCUGAUGAGGAGCUGAUGCCUCAGAGGUUGAACUUGGUGUUGUGUGGCAGGGAUGGAGCACUGAAGGCCUCAGUAUCAGAUCUCAUUCUGGGCCCAAAUAAGCGCAGACCAGAGCCCAGCUCAGAGUGCGUGAGGAGAGAUGGAGCGGUGUCUAGACGCUCGAUCACCCUGGUGGAGAUGCCGGCUCUCUACAACACACCUCACUCAGAGGAGGAAGUGAUGCGAGAGGCUCUCCGCUGUUUCUCUCUGUGUGAUCCAGGAGUCCAUGCGUUCCUCCUCAUCAUUCCAGUUGGUCCCCUCACUGAUGAAGACAAAGGAGAAAUGGAGAAGAUCCAGAACAUUUUCAGCUCCAGUGUCAACAAUCAUUUAAUAGUUCUCUUUACAGAGCAGCAGCCUGACAGUACAGCUGAAAAAGAUUUUAUAGAACACAACACCGACAUAAAGAACUUUCUUGCCAUGUGUAAACGUAAACAUAUAUUAGUAGAAACAAAAACAGGAAAAAACAAGCAACAACAAACAACUGGAAAACUGUUGGAUGAAAUUGAGAAAAAGACAGAAAUACAGCCAUAUUCUCUUUACAUGUACGUAAAAGCUCAAGAGAAGAGAGUUAGGUGUGAACUACAGGAAAAACUGAGCGAAAAAGAGAAAGAAAUCCAGGAGUUAAAGAGGAAGCUCCAGCCAGAAGGUGAAGAUAAAGAUGAACCACAGGUUUCCAGCUCCUUAAGGGUGGUACUGAUUGGAAAAACAGGAAGUGGAAAGAGUGCGACAGGAAACACCAUCCUUGGAAGAGAUGAAUUUAAAAGUGAAAUGAGUAUGGGUUCUGUGACAAAGGUUUGCCAGAAAGGAGUUGGUGAUGUUGAGGGAAGGUCAGUCGCUGUUGUUGACACUCCAGGCCUCUUUGACACCAAACUAUCAAAUGAAGACGUACAGCAAGAAAUUGUGAAGUGCUUCUCACUGUUAGCACCCGGACCCCACGCUUUCCUCAUUGUGCUGAGUUUGGGAAGAUUCACCAAAGAAGAAUUAGAGACUUUAGAGCUGAUAAAAAUGACAUUUGGUCCAAAGGCUGCUAUGUUUAGCAUAGUGCUGUUCACCAGAGGAGAUAAGCUGGGAAAUAAGUCAAUAGAACAAGUCAUUGAGGAAAGUAACAUUGAACAAAUCAACAAGCUGCUCAGAGACUGUGGAAACAGAUAUAUAGUAUUUAACAACAAAGAAAAAGAAAACCGCACCCAAGUUUCUGAACUUUUAGGACAGAUAGAAAUGAUUAUAAACUCAAACACAUCAAGUCAGCACUUCACAAACAGCAUGUUUGAAGAGGCGGAAAUGUCCAUCAAAAAGAGAAUUGAAGAAAUUCUGAGAGAGAAAGAGCGAGAGAUCGAGGCUGAAAAGGAGAAACUGAAAAACAAAUACAGUGAAGAAAUGGAAGAGAUGAAGAAAAGACGAGAGAAAGAAAAACAAAAGGCUGAUGAAGAAAAGCGCCAAAUGGAGAGGAAGUUCAGAGAAAAGAUGGAAACCCUCAAACAAGAGUUUGAAGAAAAAAAUGAACAAGAGAAGAAGAAACAGGAGAUGGAGAACAAGAUGAGGUUAGAAGAAGAAAAGAUACAAACAAGGAAAUGGCAAAACAGAAUUAAUGAGUUAGAAAAAGAGAACCAAAAGCAGAGAGCGGAAUUUGAAAAACAGUUAAGAGACAGAGAGGAGGAGGAUAAAAAGAGAGAAGAGAGAUACAAACAAGACAAAGAAAUUCUCAUGAAUCAACAGAAGCAUGCCAUGGAGGAGCUGAGAAAGAGACAGGAGGAAGAGCGUAAAAGGAGAGAUCUGGAAGAGGACAAAAGGAGACAAGAGGAAGAGAACGAGAGGCACAAUUGGGAGAGGAAAAUAAAAGAGGCUGAACAUGAGAAAAAAGAGAUACAAGAGGACCUAAAGCGUAGACAGAGGGAAUGGGAAGGAGAAAAGAGAAGAGAGAUGAAAAGACGAGAGGAAGAGGACCGGCUAAGAAAACAGAGACAUGCAGAAGAGCUAAGAGCAAAAGAAGAAGAACAAGACAGACUGAGAGAGGAAUUUGAAAAGAAGACGGAAGGAGAACGACGUCAGAGAGAGGAGGAGAAACAACGUUGGAGGGAAGCAGAGAGAAAAGAGAGUGAGAGAAAAGAGAGAGAGUACGAGGAAAAGAAACAUGCAAUGGAAGCACAAAUGAAAGAGCAGUAUGAGCAGCUGGAGAAAAUGAGAACGGAAGAGUGGGAGAGAAGAAGUCGUGAGGACGAUGAAAGAAGAAAAGAAGAGACGCGAAGAUGCCUUCUGAACUAUUACUUCAGGUGUGUCAAACGCAGGGCCUUCCAGGCCACAGCCCUGCAGUGA